AUCGACGCACGAUAACUGCGUGCUGGUUGAGUCUCGAGUAGAAGGGCGCAGGAGGGCUUUGUCACUUAAUUUCAGGCGAAUGCGUCGGCGCUAAUUCACUCGCUGGCUGCCGCUUUCGCGAGUAUAACAAACGGCAGAGAGCGAGUCAGACCGGCACUCGCGAGCGGGCUGGUCACCGGGGCGCUUUACACACUUUCUGGCUAUUUCGGCCAACAUGCCCGUCGAGAACGCCGCCGAGAAAAGGCACUUGGCAGACCUCUACUCGCUCGGCGUCUGGAGCAAUCGUGCCCUUUCCGCCUUCCAGAACUGGGGCUUCCAGGAGAAAGAUGUGGAUAAGGCCGCCGUCAAACUUAGCAGAUCAAAGUUUUGGAGGAAAGGUGGAUCGCAAGAUUUCGCGUCCUUGAGACAGCAGUGUCUGCAGGAAGGAGUCUUGUACGAAGACCCUGAUUUUCCCUGCACCAAUGAAUCGCUUUUCUUCAGCAGAGCGCCUCCAAUGCCAUUGAAAUGGCUGCGACCAUCGCAAAUUGCAAAAGACCCGCGUCUAUUUGUGGAAAGCUACUCGAGAUUCGACAUAAAGCAGGGCGAGCUGGCCGACUGCUGGCUUUUGGCGGCACUGGCCAAUUUGACUUUGCACAACUCGCUGUUUUGCCAAGUGGUGCCCGAGGAUCAGAGCUUCAAGAAGGACUACGCGGGAAUAUUUCAUUUCAGGUUCUGGCAGUUUGGAAAAUGGGUCGAGGUGGUGAUAGAUGACAGACUGCCGACCUUCAACGGCGAACUAGUCUUCUUGAGGUCGACCCAGCAGAAUGAAUUUUGGAGUGCGCUUUUAGAAAAGGCUUACGCAAAGCUGCACGGCUCGUAUGAAGCGCUCAAAGGUGGAUCGACUUGCGAGGCGAUGGAGGACUUCACCGGAGGAGUCACUGAAUUGCACGACCUGGAUAAGGUCGAUAUGCAGUUUUUCAAAACGCUGAAAGAUUCGUUCGAGCGCCAGUCACUGAUGGGUGCUUCCAUUGAACCUGACAGUCCUGAUCAGUUUGAAUGCCGCACCCCCGACGGUCUAAUUAUGGGACACGCGUACAGCGUCACCAAAGUGCAGUACGUGGACAUCAAGACUCCAAGAGUUACCGGGAAAAUCCCUUUGAUUCGCCUGCGCAACCCGUGGGGAAACGAAGUUGAAUGGAAAGGCGCCUGGUCUGACGAAUCUCAAGAGUGGCAGUUCAUCCCUCAGGAGGAAAAAAACCGAAUCGGUCUGACAUUCGAUAAAGACGGAGAAUUCUGGAUGUCAUUCCGCGAUUUUGUGCGUAAAUUCAGCCGAUUGGAAAUCUGCCUCUUAGGCCCUGGCUCUUGGAACAGUGACAACCAAGGGAAGAAGUGCUGGGAAGCGAGCGUUUUCGAAGGCGAAUGGGUGCGCGGAACGACGGCCGGGGGUUGCCGCAACUAUCCGAAAACCUUUAGCUACAAUCCGCAAUACAGAGUGACUUUGGAGCCGUCCUUCAAUGGCGCGGUUGAUUGCGAAGUGGUUGUGGCGCUGAUGCAGAAAAACCGCAGAGCGCAGCGGAAAAUGGGAGCCCAAAGCCUCAACAUUGGCUUCGUCAUUUACCAACUGAAUGAAACCACAAGCAAGAUAAAGCCGCUGCCGUCGCAUUUUUUCCUUGAGAACGUCUCGACCUACAGAUGCAAGGCUUUCAUCAACCUGCGAGAAGUGACGGAGAGAUUCAGACUGACCCCCGGCACUUACUGCGUUGUGCCCUCGACCUACGAGCCCCAGGAGGAGGGAGAGUUCCUACUCAGGAUUUUCUCGGAGACCAAAAUUCUCCUAGAAGAAAAUGAUAAGAAAGUUGAGCUAGUCGAAGCCAUCAAGAAGGUGAACGUCUCCCCUGUCGAGGCGGAAUUGGAUAAAAGAGUGCAGGAGUUUUUCAAGGCCGUCGCUGGCGACGACUUGGAAGUAGAUUGGAUGGAGUUGAAAAACGUCCUCGAUUUCUCCAUCAAUAAAGAUUUGCAACGCUGCUCUAUUGGCCCGGCAAAUCUGAUUCAGCGAGGCGGAUUUUCCAAGGAAAUUUGCCGCAGCAUGGUGGCAAUGAUGGACACCGACAGGUCGGGAAAGCUCGGAUACGAAGAGUUUAAAACGCUCUGGCUGGACGUUUGCAAUUGGAGACGGGUUUUCAAGGAAUUUGACAAGGACAGAUCCGGGAUGCUGAGCGAUUUCGAGCUGCGGGAUGCGCUCGCAUCCGCUGGCUACCAGCUGAAUUGCAGGAUUUUGAACGUUCUCAUGCACCGGUACGGCACAAAGGAGGGCCAAAUCACGUUUGACGACUUUAUCGCCUGUGCUGUCAGGCUUAAGUGCAUGAUUGAUAUGUUUAAAGAGAGAGAUCCCAGGAGCACUAAUAAGGCGAUUUUUACUUUUGAUGAGUGGAUGGAAAAGAUUAUUUUCUCUUAAAAUACUUAAAGCUUCCACACUAUUGCUAAACAAGUCUACCAUUUUCAGUAAUUUACGAGUUUGUCAAAAAAAUCUGUGAUUUAUCAUAUUGCUGUGACAUUUGCUAACUAAAAAAAUUGUAUACAGAGUUGGGAAUUUGAGACAUUUUCAAAGAAGACUAUUUUAAGACGGUUUAGACGGUUGUAGACUGCUUUAACAAUUUUCUCCUUACGAUUUUGUUGCCAUUAAUUUAUAUCUCAUUUUAAAAGGAGGGAGUUGGAAUUCUUUAACAAAGUUUUUAAUUCUAAAAUGAGCUCUUUGGUUUAAGUUAGAUGAUUUUACUGACAGAUUUUGAUUUUGAAUUAAUACCAAAGAUUUCCAAAGUCAGCAACUGAUUUUACAGCUCGACAGGGAUUUAUUUAGAUAAUUUUUCAUAAUAUGCUAUUAAAUUUUAAUGGCCAAAACCGACUUUUAACCAUCUCUUUCUGUUUAUAACGGAACAAAUAAGAAGUUGCAUGAUGAAGCCUAAUUUUCAAAACGGAAAAAAGAAAACCUUUCAGAAUUAAUUCAUUUUUUGUUUAAUUCCUAACACCAACAUGAUUUUAACGUUCAUUUUUUAGUAAUACUGUAUUUAAGUGAAAGUAAAAAUCCAGAAGAGUAGAACACAUUUUAAGAACAAUCUCUAAAACCGAACACGUAAACCGUUUUCCGCGUUUUUGAGCUGUUUCUCAUGAUUUAAUAUCGAUUUGGAAAGUAUUAGGCUAUUUUUAAUUUGACUGAAAUGACUUGAAACUCCGUAAUUCGUACUCAUUUCGAGUUAUAAAUAAGUCUGGCACAUAGAAAAAAAUAGUUAAUCGUCUCAAAUUCCCAAACCUAUAACAUUAAUCAUACAAAUCUCUAGAUAAAAAUAAACCAAUUUAAAUGGAAUGUCUAUAUUUAAAAUUUAAAGUUUGCAAAAUUCAAAUAGUU